UCAGUGCUUUUAGCUAACACCCUCUAAGGUACAACUUAUGCUAUCCAUUAUUCAAAUCACAAUAGUUUACACACUUGCUUUAGCCUCUCCAUUCCUAUAUAUAAAUCCCUUUCAUUCCCACUCUCCAAGAACUUUCCUUCUCACUCUACCACCUCUCUCUCUCUCUCUCAAAAUCCGAACUCCAAAGCGCUUCUCAUGGAAGUACAAGCACAAUCUAGGAAACUUUUGCCCAACACCCUGCUUUACAACUUACCGCCCAGCCCGACUUAUCCGGCUUCGGGUCCGACCCAGUCCGAUACUGUUCGAUACCAAGUGAAGACCAGUUCAUUCAAUUCCCUUAACGAAAGCAUCGUCCUCGUCCUCUCCAUCCUCCUCUGCAGCCUCAUCUGCGUGCUGGUAAUCAGUGCGAUCGUCCGAUGCGUCCUUCGCAUCAUGAGCCCAACCUGCUACCACCGCGAGCCCCCCGGCCCAUUGGGCCGGCCCACUAAAACUGCCCGGGCCGCCAGGAAGGACGCUUUACGCGCCCUCCCGGCCCUGGUCUAUACGGCUGGGCUUGGGCUCGCCGGGGCUGGGUCGUCGGAGUGCGCGAUAUGCCUGUCGGAGUUCGUGCACGGGGAGCACGUGCGGGUGUUGCCCGCGUGCAACCACGGGUUCCACGUGCGGUGCAUCGACCGGUGGCUCGCGGCUCGGCCCACGUGCCCCACGUGCCGAAACUGCCUCUUCGGUACGUGCGUCCCCGUUGCCGUUGCGACCUGGGAGGAUAUCGAUCUCUAGCCGUUCUUUUCGAAUUGUACAGUUGUAGAUAGGGAUCAGUAGGGGGGGUGGAUUUAAUGGAUUAAAUUGUGGUAUUUGUGGUCUCUUAUGUGUGGCUGAGACAGGUGCUAAUUAUUGAUUAGGUUCGACUCGAGUUUAUGUUUAACUUGGUUUGAAUCUUAAUUGAACUUGUGUUAGCUGCUUUUUGUAAAA